UUGAUAUUUUUAUGGGACAGGAGGCAAACGAGCAGAGCACUUUGAAUAAAGAAUGAACCGCCGCCCAUGGGCACCUAUGCCUGGAGACUAACGGGUGUGGCGGCUUUGAGCGAAUGCUACUUUUGCACACAAAGCAGUGGUCCAAACAAUUUAUCAGAGCACUCCCCAUGAUACAUGGGGUAGAUAAUACUGAGGGAGCCAACAUCUCUACGCAAACGCCAUGCCUACAACUCCAUAGCAAAAUCCUACCAAAAAAAUGCUUGAGAAUUAAAAGAGGAUGCUGUUAUUCCAAGCCCCUUUUGGUACCGGGUGGUCGAGCAUUUGUCUGGCCAGCUAUUCAACGUGUACAAAGAAUAUCUCUUAACACAAUGACCCUGCAAGUAGAGUCUCCAACAGUUUAUACAAUUCAGGGUGUGCCUAUAUCUGUGACUGGCAUCGCACAGGUUAAGAUCCAAGGUCAGAAUGCUGAGAUGCUUCUAUCUGCCUGUGAGCAGUUCUUGGGUAAAUCAGAGCAAGAAAUUCAACAUAUAGCCCUUGUGACUCUAGAAGGUCAUCAGCGUGCUAUUAUGGGGUCAAUGACAGUAGAAGAAAUUUAUAAGGAUAGAAAAAUAUUUUCAAAAAAAGUCUUUGAAGUUGCCUCCAGUGAUCUUAUAAACAUGGGUAUAACUGUUGUCUCCUAUACUCUUAAAGACAUAAGAGAUGAAGAGGGAUACCUAAAGGCACUAGGUAUGGCGCGUACAGCAGAAGUGAAAAGGGAUGCUCGAAUUGGAGAGGCUGAAGCUCAUGCUGAAGCCAGAAUAAAGGAGGCAAUGGCUGAAGAACAAAGAAUGGCAGCGAGAUUCCUAAACGACGCCGAAAUAUCGAAAGCGCAACGAGAUUUCGAAUUGAAAAAGGCCGCUUAUGAUGUAGAAGUUCAAACCAUAAAGGCUGAAGCGGAAAUGGCGUACGAGUUGCAAGCGGCGAAAACGAAGCAACGUAUUAAAGAGGAACAAAUGCAAAUAGCGGUUGUCGAACGUACCCAAGAGAUCAAUGUUCAGAAAUGGGAAGUUCAACGGCGUGAGAGAGAGUUGGAGGCGACUGUUCGCAAACCAGCGGAGGCAGAAAAGUUCCGUUUGGAGAAGAUCGCCGAAGCUCACCGGCUGAAGACUGUUCUCGAAGCGGAGGCUGAAGCGGAGGCGGUCAAAGUUCGCGGAGAGGCCGAAGCGUACGCUAUUAAAGCCAAGGCAGUGGCCGAUGCCGAACAAAUGGCGAAGAAAGCAGAUGCUUGGGAUGAAUAUGGGUCCGCUGCGAUGAUCGAUAUGAUGCUGGACACUUUGCCAAGGGUUGCUGCUGAAGUCGCCGCUCCAUUAUCUCAAGCGCGUAAAGUUACAAUGGUCUCCUGCGGUGACGGUGAAGUUGGGGCUGCUAAAUUAACAGGCGAAGUACUGAGCAUUGUCCAAAGCAUCCCGGACCUUGUCAAAGGCGUCACAGGUGUUGAUAUCUCCAAGAUAAAGGGUAUUACGGAGCCGACGCCGGUCCCCACGCCAACGGCUCGAGGUGACUCGGCGCGGAAAGCGCGAUAACUUGAAUUGGUCACAAUUAGAUAAUGGUCGUCGAGGGUCUCGGCUCCGUUUAAACAAUUAGUGGUAAAGAGUGUUCAAGCUUGAAUAAAUGUAUUGCAAUAUUCUAUACUUAACUUCCAACGAUUCAAGUGCUACUUCUACUCUGUACAAACAAAUCUAUUUUAUAGUUAGAUUUGAUUAUUGUGUCGAUGUUUUAUGAAUUAUCUAAGUUCUGUAUGACUAUGAGUACAAAAGGGCCAGGAAUGCGAACUCGGUGGGUGAUGGGUGGAACGAAUAGUUAAAGGGUGAAAAAAAUUCGACCAAUCGCCUAAUGUUCUCGGUAGUUUACAAAUGACUGUUAUACUAAUGAAAAUACCUAUAUUUUUUUAUUUAGCUGUCGUUAGGAUAUUUAAGACUAUUUGGUGUUCAAAUGAGGCAGUGUAGAAAUUCUUAUGGUAACUUAGCGUGUUUGUAGACGUUAUUUUUUAAAUUUUUCUAACGAGAUUGAUAUUGUAUACUAAAUUCAUUUAAGUCAUAGCUGUACAAAUAUUAGCAUAAGCGCUGGUUCAUACUUGAACCUAGACCUUACUAAGUGAGGAUAAGUCAUGGUCGAAUCGAUGUUAGAACCCAAAGCUGUGUAUUCCGUCUGAAUGAAGAACGUUUUUCCCUUGCCCUUACAUUUUGUAACAGAUGUUUUUU